UGCAGCCUGCCCAUCAUGCCUCUCCCCGGACAGCUGCAGAGGCCGCCCAUUUCAGAAGGGACAGACCAGGGGACUCAGAUCUCUGACCGAGCCCAGAGCUGCCUGCGUGACCUCACACAGUAUCCAGUGUGUCAUCUUGCUUGUGUGUAUUUAGAGAACAUCCAUGACAGUGAUGGGAGUUCCAGCAGCAGCCACCAGAACCCCAAGAGCGCAGACAAAUGGGCGGCUUCUCUGGAGAAUCUGCUUGAAGACCCGGAAGGCGUGAAAAGAUUUAGGGAAUUUUUAAAAAAGGAAUUCAGUGAAGAAAAUGUUUUAUUUUGGCUAGCAUGUGAAGAUUUUAAGAAAACACAAGAUAAAAAGCAGAUGCAGGAAAAGGCGAAGGAGAUCUACAUGACCUUUCUGUCCAGCAAGGCCUCUUCACAAGUCAACGUCGAGGGCCAGUCCCGGCUCAAUGAGACGAUACUGGAGGAACCGCACCCACUGAUGUUCCAGAAGCUCCAGGACCAGAUCUUCAACCUUAUGAAGUAUGACAGCUACAGCCGCUUCUUAAAGUCUGACUUGUUCUUAAAACACAAGCGAACGGAGGAAGAGGACGAAGGUCCACCCGAUGCCCAGACUGCAGCUAAAAGAGCUUCGAGAAUUUAUAAUACAUGAGCCCCCAAGGCACUGGCAGGACUGGCAGCUUUAAGAAGCGAAGGAACUCACUCUCAGGACCGUGCAGGGUUUAUAACCUCUUUGUUUUCUGCAAGGACUGAAAUGUGCAAAACGCUUCCAUGGAAUAUGUGUAUUUUAUUACCUGCUUGACCAGUAAGUUUUGCAUGAUGGCUAAUCUUACAUAAAAAGACAAAUAGCUUUGAAGUUUUAGUUCUCACACACACCCAAAGGGGGGACAGUCCUUAAAACACUGGACAGUUUGAGUAUUUCACAGCUUGAUUAAGCGUCAUGUGAGGCCACCAGGUGAACGUACAGCCACCUCUUACCUCUAAAGUCUUUGCCCUGCCUCUGUGUGUGGGUCACAUGUGUCCACAGAUUCACUUGGUGAACCAGCUCAAGAAUGAAUUGAUCUGACAAGCUCAGGUCACUGGGGUUUUUUCUGUCAGGUGCCUCUUGGGUUAAAUACUUCUAGAGAGUAAGUUCAGUGCUGGGAAAAGAAAAUUCAUCACAGCCUCUAAAGAUCUGGGGAGCUGCGUGUGGGUAUCGUCAGAGGGCUCUUAUUUCUUGCGCGUGGGUUUGUUCUGGUUUUGCCCGUAAUCCGUGACAUUUCAUGCAACAAAGAUAAAUAGUUCAUUUUGACAGAAACAAGAUCUCAACCAGGAAGAAAGACAAAUGGGAGACUGUUCAGGGUCCCCAUGGUGAUGCAAGGUGGUGCUGAAUGGGAUGGUGGCACUGGCCCGUGCCGAUGAUGGAGCUGGGGGGAUGUUCCUUUCUCUUGCAGCCCUUUUGGUGAAACCCUUUCUUCUUGAUGCCUACCCCUUGCUAGACUUGUUAACUCUGGGCUUGAGACUUCAACCAGAGGAAGGAAAUGCUGUCUUUGGAAGCCCCCUCUUGGGUGAAGAGGCUGUGAGUGAAGUUCUGCUGGGCCCAGGCGCCCCCAGCAGAGCCCAAGGUCAGGCACAGUUCCCUUCUGCUCAUUGUUCCUGCCGUCUGCUGCUGCCAGACCUUCUCCAGCACGUUUGCCAAACCUUAAGCUCCUGUUUGCACAAACAAAGCAACCAGACUCUUACUUGAGAGCCUUCCAACAGACGUUCCCAUUUGCAAAAUUCCCUGCUGAUGAGCAUGACUGUAUGAUUUAUCAAUCAAGCCGGGACACUUGAGAGAGAAGGGGAGUGAGCUUAAUCAUCACGCUGGGAUAAUAAGCAUCAGCUGGUUCUGUUCCCGGUGAAACCAGUUUGCAUAGUCACCCUACUGACCACGCUCUCCUAGGGCGACCACUUGGGCAGUUCCCCGGAUUCUCCUUGUCCAUUCACUGUGGUCGAAUGCCCCCUGUCCUUCCACCUUGGACCUGGGGAAGGGAUGGUCUUAGGAAGCCAUUCACUGCUGCCAACCAAACCACCCAACUGAGCAUUCAUCAGAAACAGCAAAUGCUUGAUCCCCCCGACAGGGGGUUUUCUGCCUCCCCCAGGUCAUCCCCGACAUGCCUUCUCUCUGCCUGGGAUGAGAUAGUAAUGUUGAGAAUGACACCCAAGGGCCCUGUCAUCUGGGAAAUUCAGUCCAUCUUCAAGCAGAGCAGACUGAUGCACUUGAAAGAGUAAGGAAUAAAAACAACAUGGCUUCUCUAGCUCAACUUGCAGUUUACUAGCCAGAAAAGUGCAGGGAUGCAGACCCACACCCCACUGCACUGUCGCAGAUGCAGGAUAAUUUCAAGGUGCCAGGGAACUGAGCGAGCUGCUUGGUGCUCUCUUUUGAGAGCCUGUGCUGGGCGGGUCCCAGAGACUGCAGGUGGGCUGGGAACCCUCUUUCUGGCUUUUACCCUUUUACCCCUGGGUUCAGAGGCCCUUUGAGGUGGUGAGCUCUUCAUAAGCACAUAAAGGAAACAGCCAGAGUUAGCUGGGAGACUGUCUGCCAGAAGAAAGCCUCUGGCUUAGGAGCUGCCUGAAGAGCUGAAUGCGGGUGGGAGAGUGAGCUGCCCGUGUUCAGCCACGGCUCACUUCUCACAGCACUUCCCCCAGCUCGCUCUGGCCGGGCUGCCUGCAUCCCUGCCAAUCGCGGAACUGAGGCAGGUACAGAAUUCAGCUUCCUAAAGCCAUUGCAGAAGUGAGACAGAAGUGUAGGGAAUCUGUGUAGCCAGACCCAUGCUUCUACCCAGCUUUUCACUUUCACCCUAUGUCUGUCCAUCCGUCCAUUUAUUGAUUAAUAUUUAAAUUGUGUCUGCAAUGUGCUAGGGAUUGUGUUAGGUGCCAAGAUUCAAUGGGGGGAGUAUAGCAGCCAUGACGAUUCAUGCUCUAGUUCACAGGUGUUCUAAAAUGUAGGUUUUAUUAUUAUUCAGGUGUGGUGAGCCCAGCAGAUCAGGUGAUGACUAUCAUUGAAAGGAUAGUUUCUAAGAGAAAGGAGCAGGUCACACCGUGCAGGGCCGCGUGGGGAAUCACCAGGGUCGGUCAGAAGGUGGAGAGAGUGAGGGAAACGUAGGCAAAAGCCUUUAUUGUGGUUUCCUUGGAAAAGGCAGGGCAAAGGGUAGGUUUGGCUAGUUUGUAUCAUUUCCGUGGGCUCUGGGGCUUAGGGACUGUCCCUAACUGGUACCUGGGCCUGAGUCAUUAGGGCAGGUGGCCCAGAGUGUGAGAGCCCCAUAAAGAAGGGACCUGGGGAUGUGAGCUCUGCAUCUGUCAGUUGUUUUCUGUCUCUAAGAAUCAGCUAGCGCUGGGAGGGGCAGUCCCCCCAGUGCCAGCCAGGACCCAGAGGUCAAAGCUUCAGAGUAAAACACGCUUAUGACAACAGCCUGCAGGGUCUCAGAAUCUCAACCCGCAGGCCAUAGAUGUUGUGUUCGAUGGGGCACGUGUCUGAAAGCUUUCAGUGCAAUUGCCUUGGGCAGAGCGCAAAUGUAAUCUCCAGUUGGCUACAAGCCCCAUCAUUCCCUAUUGCCUUCUAACAGGCCAUUCACAGUUUACAUUUUCUGCUGGCUUUACAGUUUGUGCCCUGAUCUCCAUCUCCUGUAUGCAGAGAGCACGGCCUUGGUGACAUUUUCCUCUGUGACUUUUCAGUCAUUAAUGAUACCUCCAGAUCCACUCUGCUGACCCGCCCAGCUUUCUCAGAGUCAGUUGCGGUUCACACUCCUGCACCAUCUUGCUUUCUCAAUCACAGAACUCCCCUCCAAGGCAGGGCGGAGGUCACCUCACACUUGAAGAACACAUUUCCAAAGGCUUCUUUCCCAUUGCUUCAUACACAAAACCUUAAAAAGUGGGAGAACAUCUAUUUCUCCCAUUUUAGAGAUGGGAAAACCAAAACAAAGGACACGACUCACACGUGCUUGUGAGUGGUGGAGUCGGAGGCUGGAACCAAACCUUCCAUCUCCCGACCCCAGCUCCCUUUUUGGUUCAUCCUCUGCCUGGACAGGGCCCCAGGGAGGCCCAGCGCUGGGGUGAAUACUGGCGUUUUGGUAAAGAUGCUCCUUUACUCACACAACAGAUGCUUAAUGAGCACCUACUACAUCCCAGGCCACAUACUAGCUAUAGGAAUGUAGGGGAAUUAAAGAGUGAAGGAUGGAGAAUCCCCUGGCAGUCCCGUGGCUAGGACUCCGCACUUCCACUGUAGCGGGCAUGGGUUUGAUCCCUGGUCAGGGAACUAAGAUCCCACAGGCUGUGACGUGCAGCCA